UUCGCGGCAAGCCUGUGCCUAUUCCACAUCUGACGGCCAUUUUCCUAGUUGGUGGGUUCCAAGUAGUACCUAAAGGUCUAAUUGAUUUGCAGUGUCAAGAAUGUAACACAUGAGCAAGUUCUCCAAGACCUCGACGCUAAAAAGAUAGCAUUGGAAGCAUCGUUGAAAUCCCCAACAAGGUCUACUAACUUUGACCUUCACAGUUCCAAGGAAUAGUGAACGAAGGCAGCGACGAAUUGGAAAUCUACACGUACACCUAUCCGAGUAACAAUGCCAAUUCACUGAUUUCACAAAUGAUGGCAAACUCUUUCUGGUGAAUCAUUAAUUCUCGAGUCCCAUAUUUGAUGUGAAAAUUGUUCAUCAACAGCACCUAAUAUUACCAUUUCAAGCUUUAGAAAAAUAAUAAUAAACGUUUGAGUCUCAGACAUAACACCCGUAAAAUCAUACCAAGUCAAUAACUGAUUUUUAAUAAUUCAGCUGUAAUAAUUAAUAAUCAUAUAAAAGAAAAUUUAACUGACAUUUUCCUACAAGUGGGAUCAAGAAAAGCGUUACAUUUUCCACCCAUCACCAUUGGACGUUAUCAUUCAAUAAGUCUUGACUUGAAGGAGUCAAGCAAAGACAAGCGAAGAAGAAGUAAACCCCGUUAGGAUGAACAACAACAAACUUAAGGGUAUAAUGCAAGGAAUUCUAUGUCUUUGUAGAGCGACUACAUUGUCAUUUAGUGUUAUAAGAUGUCAAAGUAAGGAAAUCUUUGCACUUCAGAAAUGUAGAAACAUAUCUAUGGCAAAUGCAGAUCUUUUCAGCUACAGCAAUGUCAACAAAACCAAAUAUGAAGCCAGUGAAGGCCAGCUUAAUACUAGUUUAGCAACAGAAAAUAACAAAGAUGAUGUAAAUUCUUCUACACUUAAGUCAUCAGCCUCUCAAGUAUGGAGUCAGUUUUCUUCUAAGAAAUAUGAGAGAUUUGCCGAAGGUUCUUCUAAUAUCAUUUAUGACUUUGAUGAAGAACAGAAGAGACUGGAGGAAGGCUUAGAGAUAGAAGAAAAGGAAAAGCCAUUGGAAGAAAUCUACCUUGAAAGGGGCAUGACAGGAGUAUUUGAUGUAGAGGAAUUGGUUGAUCUGCUAAAAGAAGACAAUGCCAAAGAUGUUGCUGUCAUAAGGGUUCCAAAGCAGAUGAAAUAUGUUGAUUACAUGGUGAUUGCAUCCUGCAAAUCUGAGCGUCACUUGAAUUCUAUGGCACAGCUUGUCCGUCAGAUUUACAAGAAAAAGAAACAUGCAUCUGACCGUCACUGUAUUGUAGAGGGAAAAAACACAGGAUGGGCUGCCUUAGAUAUGGGAAACAUUGCUUUACAUAUCAUGGACCCGAAGUUGCGAGAGGUGUAUGACCUCGAGACCUUAUGGACAGUUGGAGCAGAGUUUGAUGACAAGUGUCAAGAAGCAAAAGAAAGCGAUCCAUUUAACAUGAAUAAUUUUUAUGUUCGGCAAAAGGAAGGUUUAGAAAUACAGACAUCACCUGAAAUUAGUCACAAUGGCAGUUCACCACAGCAGUUUAAGGAAUUUACAUAAUUUAUUUUCUAAACUUGUUUGCUGUUUUAUGUACUAUAAUUGGAUUAUUAAUAAUUUAGUGCCAUGAGUGAUCUAAAGUAAUAUUAUUAUUUUGGCAUGUAGAUUUUAAAUAUAACUAUUAAAGUU